CUUCGUUCGCAUAGUACUUCAUACUAUUCAGCGACCACCGGCAGGAAAUCGAGAUGGCGAGCAAACAGUCUCUGGCAAUGCUGCUGCUUACCGUGGCCGGACUGGCUGCCGGUGCGCGCGCCGGCAGCAUGGCGAUCUACUGGGGCCAGAACGGGAACGAGGACUCGCUGGCGCAGACGUGCGCGACGGGCAACUUCAAGUUCGUGAACGUGGCCUUCCUCUUCACCUUCGGCAACGGGCAGACGCCCGUGCUGAACCUGGCGGGCCACUGCGACCCGGCGUCCAACGGGUGCACCUUCGUGGGCGCCCAAAUCAAGUCCUGCCAGAGCCAGGGCAUCAAGGUCCUGCUCUCCAUCGGCGGCGGCGUCGUCAGGUACGGCCUCUCCUCCGCGGCGGACGCCAAGAACGUCGCCGAGUACAUCUGGGACAACUACCUCGGCGGCACGUCGGCGUCCAGGCCGCUCGGCGACGCGGUCCUCGACGGCGUGGACUUCGACAUCGAGAGCGGGAACAGUGCGCACUGGGACGACCUCGCGCGGGAGCUCAAGAGACUGAACGCCAGGUUGUCCCUUUCGGCGGCGCCGCAGUGCCCGUUCCCGGACGCGUCGCUCGGCCCGGCGCUCAGGACCGGGCUGUUCGACUACGUGUGGGUGCAGUUCUACAACAACCCGCCGUGCCAGUUCAACGCCACCGCCGGCGUGAGCAACCUGGAGAGCGCGUGGAAGAGAUGGACGGGGAUACCGGCCAAGCAGGUGUUCCUGGGGCUCCCGGCGGCGCCAGCGGCGGCCGGCAGCGGGUUCAUCCAGACGAGCGACCUCAUCUCAACGGUGCUUCCGGUGGUGAAGAAGUCCAGCAAGUACGGCGGGAUCAUGCUGUGGUCGAGGUUCCACGACCUGCAGACGGGGUACAGCGACAUGGUGAAGUCCAGCGUCUGAGUGUGAAUUAAUGCGUGAUUGACAUGUGGAUGUGGACGUGCGAGCGAUAUUGUGUGCAUCGUGUAAGAUUGUUACGCAUAAAAGAAUGUAAACACAUUAAGAUGACAGAAUUCUGUGAAUGUGAUUGCCAAAA